AUGGAGAAGGCCUCCCGCAAAACCAGAAAGGAAGGACGAGUCAAUGUCAAGUUCAAAGCAUCUGAACACAACUUGAGCAAAACGCAGAAGACCAAACUCACUGUGGGCAGAAUGGGAUUGGGCCUGAUCAUCAUCCAGCACGGGCCCUACCUCCAGAUCACCCACCUCAUCAGGAAGGGGGCCGCAGCCAAGGACGGGAAACUCCAGCCAGGUGAUGUUCUGAUCAGCGUUGGCCAUGCCAAUGUGUUAGGAUAUACUCUUCAAGAAUUUUUAAAGCUUUUGCAACAAAUCACCAUAGGAACAGUGCUACAAAUCAAGGUUUACCGCAAUUUUAUUGACAUACCCCUAGAAUGGCAAGAAAUAUAUGAUUUAAUCCCUGAGACCAAAUUCCCAGUAACACACACAUCAAAUAAAACAGAGCAGGCAAAAGAUGAAGCUUUCACAAGCAGUGAUGACAGUGAAGAUGUGGUUUUAGAUAAAAAACUUAAGUAUCACAGAUAUCAACAGUCAACUGGGCAUCAUCCUGCAAGGCGACCAAUGUCCAUCUCUAGAGAAUGGCACGGAUAUAAAAAGAAGAACCGCAUUAUUCGUGUAGGAAAAGACAUUAAUUGUGAUGUGAUGAUUCACAGAGAUCACCAGAAAGAAGUGAGAGCCCCUUCUCCAUACUGGACAAUGGUGAAGCAAGACAAUGAAAGAUCCUCUUCCUCCUCGGCUUCCUCCACCUCCACCUCAGAUGCAUUCUGGCUGGAAGACUGUGCCCAGGUGGAAAAGGUCAAGGGCCAACCUGUACCAAAGGUUGGGUAGGCAAUGGUUUGCAAAUCUAUGA